AUGCGCAAUAUGGCGCGUUUGCGACUGAUAAAUCAAGUUGACACCCUGUCACAGAUGUGCCAAACCCAGCGUGUGCAUUCAGGUGCCUUUCUUCCUGAACAACAAAAAGGAUCACGUCCGACCGAAGUUGACGUCACUUCCACUGUUGCAACUGCAGAUACGUCGGUCGACUCUGGCGACCAAUCAUCUAACAUGCUUUUUCUGUCGCCGUAUCUCGUGCUGGACACGUACUGCCUACUGGGCCAUCUUCCCUUCGUGAAACGCAUUCUGCACUCUCAGCGUUUUGUGCUGGUCAUUCCCGCAGCAGGUAGUUCAGAGUUCCAAUCGCGUCAUUUCUUCCUGUCUGUGAAAACCUCUUGCACUUUAUUCUAA